AUGAAGUUUCAAACCCCAUUUCUUGUCGCCUUGGCUACUUCUAUAACAAUUGCGCAAAGCUCUUCCGCUCAAACUACGGCGAUUACGGCUUGCCAUUUUCAUGGAACUGCGUACUAUUGCCUUAAUGGUAAUGGUGCUGAGGGUACAGUUUCACCUGCUCCUACUGACACUUCAAAUGCACCUGCACAAUAUUCGGAUUGCCACAGCCAUGGUGACGAAUAUUUUUGUAUGAAUGGCUCAGAUGAAGUUGAAUUUGAAGUUGAAGAUGAUACAGACGAACACAAUGAUCAUACAACAAUAGCUACUGUUUCUACUGCAUCAUCCUCUUUGACUUCAACAGUUUCAGUUUCAGUUUCAGCUGCCUCUUCAUCAGCUUCAAAAUCAUCUUCCAAUAUAAUUACAGGAUGCCAUUUUCAUGGAACUGUUUACUAUUGUCUUAACUCAAACGGUUCCGAAGGCACAGUAUCUCCCGCUCCCACUGCUUCUAGUGAUGCUCCUCAGCAAUACACUAAUUGCCACAUUCAUGAUGAAGAAUUAUACUGUAUGAAUGGUUCUGAUGAAGUUCAAUUUGACUUGGAAAAUGAUGAGGAUGAAAGUGAGAGUGAUGAUGAUCAUAAUCAUGCUACUUCUGCACAUACAAAUUUAUCGACUUUGACCUCCUCUAAAGACAAUAAAUCUAAAUAUUCUAGUGGCGCUGUAAAUACAGCUAGCUCUUUGAUUAGUACUUCUGUUGCUUCUGAUAUCUCUGGGACUUCUAAUGAUGUCUCUUUAAGUACCUCAUCUACUGAUUCUGUUUUCACUGCUACAUCAACUAAAGCUGAUGGAACAUCAAGUGCACCCACUGCCAAUAGUGCUGGCGCCAAAAUUAUCUAUGCUGGGUCUGUUCUUGGUGCAAGUAUUUUUGGUAUUGCUUUAUUGCUUUAG